CGGUGAGAGUGGGCGGGGCUGGUCGCCGCGGUGCCCGCAGACACAGAGACGUUUUCUCAGCAGCAGUACCAAGCCGCCAUCUUAGCUCGGCACCGGAGAAGCGGAACGGGGACAGGGUACUCGUCUGGCCGGGAGAGGGAAACAUCAGGAGAGGAGCUCAGGACUGACCGCCCCCCACCGGAUUAGUGAGGGAAGAGGAGGGGAAGACCGGCACAGGCUUAUCACAGCGGGGUGGAGAAGAUGCCUGGGAUGUGGCGGUGUUCCCCGACCUGCCUGCUGCUGCUCAUCACCGGCCUGCUGUGCGGGGCUUUGGCCACUAGAGUUAACAAGCAUAAACCAUGGAUCGAAACCACGUACCACGGGAUCGUAACGGAGAACGACAAUGCCGUCUUGCUAGACCCUCCUCUUAUAGCGCUAGACAAAGAUGCCCCCCUACGCUAUGCAGAGAGUUUUGAGGUGACAGUCACCAAAGAAGGUGAGAUCUGCGGCUUUAAGAUCCAUGACCAGGACGUGCCAUUUGAGGCCGUGGUGGUAGACAAGUCCACCGGAGAGGGAGUUAUCCGCUCUACGCAGAAACUGGACUGCGAGCUGCAGAAGGAUUAUACGUUUACCAUCCAGGCCUAUGACUGCGGGAAAGGACCAGAUGGAGCCAGUGCCAAAAAGUCUCACAAGGCGACUGUACACAUCCAAGUGAAUGACGUGAACGAGUAUGCUCCAGUCUUCAAGGAAAAAUCAUACAAAGCCACGGUCAUCGAAGGAAAGAAGUACGACAACAUCCUUAAAGUGGAAGCUGUGGACGCUGACUGCUCCCCUCAGUUCAGCCAGAUCUGCAGCUACGAGAUCGUGACUCCCGAUGUACCAUUCACCAUUGACAAAGAUGGUUACAUCAAGAAUACAGAGAAGCUGAAUUACGGUAAAGAGCGCCAGUACAAGCUUACAGUGACCGCCUACGACUGCGGGAAGAAAAGGGCCACAGAGGACAUUCUGGUCAAAAUCAGCAUUAAACCAACAUGCAAAGCAAGCUGGCAAGGCUACAGUAAGAGAGUGGAGUAUGAGCCUGGCACUGGGUCCCUGGCAUUAUUCCCUGGCAUGCAUCUGGAGACCUGCGAUGAACCAAUCACGUCAAUUCAAGCAACGGUGCAGUUGGAAACCAGCCACAUCGGCAAAGGCUGUGACAGAGACACGUACUCUGAGAAGUCUAUCCACAGACUAUGCGGUACUACUGCAAACACCGUUGAACUGCUCCCGUCUCCCAGUAGCGCCACCAACUGGACCGUGGGGCUCUCGACCGAUAAUGGCCACGACAGCGACCAAGUUUUUGAAUUUAACGGCACCCAGGCAGUGAAGAUCCCCGAAGGCGUUGUGACUGCUGAUCUUAAAGAUCCCUUUGUGAUCUCUGUUUGGAUGAGACACGGACCCGGUGGCCGAGAGAAGGAAACCAUUAUGUGCAAUUCUGAUAAAACAGACAUGAACCGUCACCACUACUCCAUGUACAUCCACAACUGCAAAGUGGGCUUCUUGUUCCGUCAGGAGCCCUCCGAGGAGAAGACUUACAAGCCUGCUGAAUUUCACUGGAAGCUGAAUCAGGCGUGUGACAAAGAGUGGCAUCAUUAUGUAUUGACCGUGGACUUGCCUGCCAUCACGCUGUAUGUGGACGGGGUUUCCUACGACCCCACCACAAUGACAGAGGACUACCCCCUGCAUCCUACCAGUCUGGAGACUCAGCUUGUGGUUGGCGCCUGCUGGCAAGAGUAUUCAGGAAGUGGAAAUGUCACUGAGCCAAUGACUGAGAGUGAUGCAGGUGGCGAGCAGCACAUGGCGCAGUUUUUCCAUGGAAAUCUCGCCGGAUUAAUGGUUCGAUCUGGCAAGUUGGAGAGCACGAAGGUGAUCGAUUGUCUGUAUACCUGCAAAGAAGGUCUGGAGUUCCCACCAGCUGAGGGUGUCGGGAAGGGCAUGAAGAUCACUUUGAGUCCCAGCCAAUCUACAUUGACCCUGGAGGGUGAUGACAUUGACCGCUUUGACCAGGCCAUGCAGCACAUCUCCUACCUGAACUCCCGCCAGUUCCCCACACCCGGCAUCAGACGGCUGAAGAUUACAACCACAGUGAAGUGCUUCAAUGAGGAGACCUGUAUCAGUGUGCCCGAUGUGGAUAGUUACGUCAUGGUGCUGCAGCCCGAGGAGCCCAAGAUCAGCCUGAGCGGCAUUGAUCAUUUUGCCCGCGCAGCCUCGGAGUUUGAGAGCACAGAGGGCGUGUCCUUAUUCCCGGAGCUUCACAUCAUCAGCACCAUCACCCGGGAGGUGGAAGCCGAGGGCGACGGGGAUGAGGAUCCUACCGUUCAAGAGUCUUUGGUUUCAGAGGAGAUCAUGCAUAACCUGGACACCUGUGAGGUGACUGUAGAUGGCGAGGAACUGAAUCCCGACCAGGAGAGUCUCCAGCUGGAUCUCACUCACCUGCAGCAGAAAGGGCUUGAAAUGACCGGCUCCAACCAAGGGAUCGUCAUCACAGGUGUGGACACAAUGGCCAACUACGAGGAGGUCCUGCAUCUCAUCCGCUACAGAAACUGGAAUACCGCCACCCUGUUUGAUCGUAAAUUCAAACUGGUCUGUUCGGAGCUGAAUGGGCGCUACAGCAGCAAUGAGUUCAAGGUGGAGGUAAAUGUGAUCCACACAGCCAGCCCUGCUGAGGCCCCCAAUCACAUAGCAAUUCAGCCCCAGUUUGUCCACAAUGCGCAUCACUCCUUCGAGGAUCUCUCCGGGCACAACCUGGUCAAUCCACACCCGACAUCAGUUGUUCCCAGCGCAGCCACCAUCGUCAUUGUGGUCUGUGUGAGCUUCCUAGUCUUCAUGAUCAUCCUUGGAGUGUUUCGUAUCCGUGCCGCUCACCAGCGCACCAUGACCGAUCAAGAAACCGGCAAAGAGAAUGAGAUGGACUGGGAUGACUCGGCCCUCACCAUCACCGUCAACCCCAUGGAGACCUACGAGGACCAGCACAGCAGUGAGGAGGAAGAGGAGGACGAUGAUGAUGAAGAGAGCGAGGAUGGAGAAGAAGAUGACAUCACCAGUGCCGAAUCAGAAAGCAGCGAGGAAGAGGAGGGAGAACAAGAGGAAGACCAGCAGAAUGUUAACCGGCAGCAGCAACUGGAGUGGGACGACUCCACUCUGACCUAUUGAUCUCCGCUGCCGUCAUUUGCGCCCAGUCACCACAGCACACGCCCCCCUCUCUUCCCGCAGGCGCACCGUGUACAAAGUCAUUCCAGACACAUCCCACCUGCCUCACGGAACAACCAUACUUCCUCUCUUCCGCCUGCUGAGUGGCUGGGGUUCAUCAUUUUUCUCAGUGUUCCAAUCCAUUCUGCGAUUACCGUGCCCUCUCCUCGGAGGGGCGCGGCUCUCUCUGGACUACAGGUUUCAUUCCUUUUUAUUUGUUUUCCGGAAAAAAAAAAAGCAAACAUUUCGGUUUACUGACGAGGGGCACAGGGACUCCACAAAGCCUGGUGAUCUUAUUUUUUUUAAUGUUUUUCCUCCACCCAAAGUACUGCAUGGUCCAAUAUUGGCAACAUCCUCUGAUACCGAAAAAAAAAAGAACCCCUUUAACUGUCCGAGGUGCCAGUCUCCGCCUUUGGCCUUCACUGCUUGGCAGCUUUGCCGGUGGCUCCGCUGAUGGUGAAAGGGGGCUUGUAGAAGACUAACUUUUUAAUAUUUUUUUUUGUAAAUAUGUUGAAAUCAAUGUAAUUAUGUCCAUGUUGGUGGUGUAAAAGGGGUUUGGAGUCAUAAAAUGCAGGUUGGCACUUGUGACAGCCUGGCACAGCCUCAGUGAGGUGAUUUUUUUUUUUUUUUUGUUUCCCAAAGCUGGCAGAGGUCUGCAGGAGACUGAGGCAGCUUCUUUUACUUCUCACUGCCGAAUGAUUCUCCUUUGUUCUGUCGGCUCGGUACGAAUGACUGCCUAGCUAGAAAGUACAGAGCUGCAAUGACUCCUGAUAACCACAAGAUGUCAGUCUGCUGACUUCCAAGGGCAACACACUGUGCCCCAUAUAUAUGUACAGCACAUCAGACCUCAGACUGCAGCCAAGAUCGAUUUGUCCCUUUUGCUUUUAUUAAUGUCACUUUUCUGCAGAGCAGUUAAGAUAUAGACGUAUGGGUACUUCCAGGCCCCCCCAGUGGGGGCGUUUUAUUAUUCUGUCGUCAGUGGUCGGGAAGGCAUUGGCAAACGAUUGCGAGGUUUAGUCGCCCACGUUUGUUCUGGCUCGCUUAGCUGGGCGAUAAUACUGUUUACAUGAAAGUUUUCUUUUUUUUAUUAUAAACGCACGGGUUCGUUCCAUAAAACGGCGCACACUGCCCCACAACAACAAGCCUGUUUCACGGCUCAGAUCCAGAAUAAGUGGCUUUCUAUUUGUUUGCUGCGGCGGGGGGGUAACUAUGCGCCUUUUUUGUUUUGAUAGGCCCGUGCGUGCUUUAAAAAAGAGCAGGCAAGGAAAAUGAGGUGAGCGUUUGAGCUGGGCUGUCCCGGAGGUAGCGGUAUAAACCGUUUAUGGUUUUCUGGCGACUGGGUAGGUGCCCGGCGCGGCAGGGAAUGUAGUAAGUGCUUAGUAACUGUUAAUCACUGUAUUUCGGGGUUGUGGGUAAAGCCCAUUGGCUUUCCAGCCGUUGUAGGAUCACCGAUCCCCCCCCAGCGAUCCCUUGCAAGGCGGCGCUGGAGUUUGUAUACGCACAGCAGCUGGAGAGCCAUGCGUUUCCCAUCUCUCUGGAAGAAUCCCUUCCUUUUGUGGAAGGAUCUUUAGGUAUUAAAUAUUGACCUACUGGUAAAUCAUCUCUAAGUUAUGAGGGCCACCGAACCAAACCUCAAGAGUUGUUUAUCACAAAGCCGAUCUCUCAUUGGAAACCGAAUGAAGAUCUGACGGUUUCCUCCCCCCGGCAACCAGGAUCUCUUGCUCUGCCAGGUUGCUCGGGGGCAACAAGAAGAGAGUUCAGUCAUACGACCGUUUUGUACAAACGUCAGAAUUGUAUUAUGUCUUUGAGAAGCGUUCAAAGUGACUUCCCUUCCAUCUGAUUGGAGGAGUACAGG